UACGCACACAGAGAAAGUCCUGUUAGUCGCUUUUCUUUACGGACAGUUUGUUACAGACUAAGUGGAGAAGUAAAUAGGAGUGUUCACUGUCUGGUGCACCUCGUGCGGAUUUUUCCUAUUUUGUUUGUGACUUUCUCUGCAGAGGCAGCCUGCUCUGGGGCGCAUGCGGGGAGUGCUGGCUGUGCGUCCUGGCUCCAGCUUGCAAUGUUUGCGCUGACGCCAAAAGUCACAGACCGGUGCAGAAUUGAUUAAACGGAGCUGCUCGGAUCAAAUGGCUGUCCUCGCAGCUGAAUCGACACGAUGUUGCUCUGAGCCAAGGCAGAGGAGAGGAAUUUCACAAGCGAGCAGCCUUGUCGCUAUUAAUUUCAUUGCCUUUUUACGGACAGAUGAGGUGGGAGAUGCUCAUUUCUAUUAAGAAAAAGGAAUAACACUUUUUUUCGUCUCGAAGUGCACUUUUCCAAAAGGAUGGAGAUGCUUUGGUUCGUAAUUCUGCUGUGCGUCCUGGAUGGAGCGCUCUCUCAGCUGCAUUACUCAGUGCCAGAGGAGCAGGAGCCUGGCUCCGUGGUUGGGAAUAUUGCAGAGGAUUUGGGACUGGACAUUACUAAACUUUCUGCUCGCCGCUUCCAGACGGUGCCUAGUUCACGGACGCCGUACCUGGAGGUGAAUUUAGAAAACGGCGCGCUCGUCGUGAAGGAGAAAAUCGACCGUGAAGAAAUCUGUAAGCAGACCAUCCCGUGCCUACUGCACCUGGAGGUGUUUCUGGAGAACCCGCUGGAGCUCUUUCGCGUGGAGAUCGAGGUCAUGGAUAUCAACGACAAUCCCCCCAGUUUCCCCGAGACGGACAUUUCUGUGGAGAUAUCAGAGAGCGCCAUCCCCGGGACCCGGUUCCCGGUGGAGAACGCUUUCGACCCUGACGUGGGCACGAACGCGCUCAGCACAUACGCAAUAACGAAUAAUAACUAUUUUUACCUGGACGUGCAGACGCAAAGCGACGGGAACAAGUUCGCGGAGCUGGUGCUGGAGAAGCCGCUGGACCGGGAGCAGCAGGCGGUGCACCGCUACGUGCUGACAGCUGUGGAUGGAGGCGUCCCACAGCGGACCGGGACUGCGCUCCUGGUGGUGAAAGUUUUGGACUCCAACGAUAAUGCGCCCACGUUUGACCAGUCUGUGUACACGGUGAACCUGCGGGAAAACUCUCCCGUGGGCACCUUGGUGAUUCAGCUGAACGCCACAGACGUUGACGAGGGACAAAACGGGGAAAUAGUUUAUUCAUUCAGCAGCCACAACGCUCCGCGGAUAAAGGACCUGUUCAAUAUCGACGCCAGAACAGGUAGAAUCGAGGUGGCGGGUGAGGUGGACUAUGAAGAGAGCAACACGCACCAAAUUUAUGUCCAGGCCAAAGAUCUGGGAGCGAACGCGGUCCCCGCGCACUGUAAAGUCCUGGUUAAACUCGUGGAUGUGAACGAUAACACACCUGAGAUCGCUUUCAGCACUGUGACCGAGUCAGUGAGCGAACAGGAUGCUCCCGGUACCGUGAUUGCACUUUUCAGUGUCUCGGACCGGGAUUCUGGCGACAAUGGGCAAAUGAGCUGCGAAAUUCUGGGCGAUGUCCCCUUCAAGCUGAAAUCAUCUUUUAAAAAUUAUUACACCAUCGUUACCGACGGCCCACUGGACAGAGAGAGCACAGACUCGUACACCAUCACCGUGCUGGCCAAAGACAGAGGUCAGCCUUCGUUGGCCACCAGCAAGUCCAUCAAAGUGCACGUCUCGGACGAGAACGACAACGCGCCCCGCUUUACGCAGGCCGUUUAUGAUGUGUACGUAACCGAGAACAACGUACCAGGUGCUUUCAUCCACGCAGUGAGUGCUUUGGAUCCCGAUAUUGGACAGAACGCUGUUAUCACCUAUUCCAUAUUGGAGUGCGACAUCCAGGGCAUGUCUGUGGACACGUAUGUGUCCAUAAACCAGGACACCGGCUACCUUUACGCGCUGCGCUCCUUUGAUUACGAGCAGCUGAAGGAGUUCAACUUCAUGGUUCAGGCUAAGGACUCGGGCGCAGUGGAGCUCAUUUCUAACGCCACUGUAAAUGUGAUCAUUGUGGACCAGAAUGACAACGCCCCCACCGUGAUCGCACCCGUGGGUAAGAAUGGCACAGCUAGAGAGCACCUGCCACGCUCUGCUGAGCCCGGAUACCUGGUGACGCGCAUUGUGGCCAUGGAUGCGGAUGAUGGCGAGAACGCACGGCUGUCCUACAGCAUCCUGAGGGGCAACGAGAUGGGCAUGUUCCGCAUGGACUGGAGGACAGGGGAGCUGAGGACAGCCCGUAGGAUCUCUCCAAAGAGGGACCCGCAGGGCUAUUAUGACCUCUUGAUCGAAGUGAGGGACCAUGGUCAGCCUCCGCUCUCCUCCUCCGCCAGUGUCAGUGUCGUCCUGGUGGACAGUGUGGUGGAAGGCCGCAGCGGGGAUCGAGGGUCGGCCUCCAGAGUGAAGGAGACGUCAUUGGACCUCACCCUCAUCCUCAUUAUCGCCCUGGGCUCCGUUUCAUUCAUUUUCCUCUUGGCUAUGAUCAUACUGGCCGUGCGCUGCCAAAAGGACAAGAAGCUGAACCUGUACACGUGCCUGCUGGCCGGUGACUGCUGCCUGUGCUGCAGCUCGUGCUGCAGCCGACAGGCUCGCGGGCGCAAACAGAAGAAGCUGAGCAAAUCCGACAUCAUGUUAGUUCAGAGCACCAACGUGACGUCAGGGGUCGGGCCCGUGGGGCAGGUGCCCGUGGAGGAGUCUGGUGUGGGCGGUGUGGGAGGGGGCUUUGGCUCCCACCACCACCAGAACCAGAACUCCUACUGCUACCAAGUGUGCUUGACACCGGAGUCCGCCAAAACGGAUCUGAUGUUCCUGAAACCGUGCAGCCCCUCCCGCAGCACUGACACGGAUCACACCAACCCCUGCGGGGCCAUCGUCACGGGUUACAGUGACCAACAGCCUGACAUCAUAUCCAAUGGCAGUAUUCUCUCCAGUGAGACAAAACACCAGCGAACAGAACUCAGCUACCUGGUGGACAGACCCAGACGUGUCAACAGUUCGGCAUUCCAAGAAGCAGAUAUUGUGAGCUCGAAAGACAGUGGUCAUGGUGACAGUGAGCAGGGUGACAGUGACCACGAUGCCACCAACCGGGGUCACUCAGCCGGCGCUGAUUUGUUCUCAAACUGCACGGAGGAGUGUAAGGCCUUGGGGCACUCUGACCGCUGCUGGAUGCCGUCCUUUGUGCCAUCCGACGGCCGCCAGGGGCCAGAUUACCGCAGCAACCUGCACGUACCCGGCAUGGAUGCUACACUGCCCGACACUGAGGUACCCUCGUCCGUCAACCUCUCCGACCAACUCACCAUGAGUUCGUCCACUGCUUCGUCCAACGAUAGGUCAUUCUCCACCUUUGGCAAGGACGGUCAAAGGUCACAGUCACACCACAGCCUUCACCAUCACUUCCAUCAGCAACAGCAGCAGUACAGCUCCAGCACGCUAGAGAGGAAAGAGUACGAUAGGGGGACGCUUCCAUACAAAUCCACCUUUCUCUCCCACAAAAGGAUUUGCUAGCUCGUUCCAUGUGGACCUGUCGGAGACAGCGUGAAUUUCUGUAGUAGACCACCAACACUUAUGUUAAAGACAGAAAUAACAUAAAACAAAGAGUGGCCUGGACAACAGCAACCUCGGUUAAACUUCAUUAUCUCGAGCGGCAAUCUGUAACGAAGCCCUGGCGGUGGUUGCUAAGGGAGCAAGGAGACAUAAAUUCUGAGUAGCUGUAAACCUCUGAGGAGAAAUCUAAGGCCUUAUUCCUCUCAGCAGGACUGAGACUAGGGCCAAAAACACUCAACAAUGUGAAGAUUAGAAUAUCAUCAGCAGCGAACAGAGAGGAACUCAAACAUAAGGAUUACGACACAAGUGAGAUGAAGAGGGACGAUCAACUCAAAAGGGUUUUUUUUUUAGCCUCCAGAGAGCUGUGUGCCUGUUUACAUGAAGAAAAA